UUCUGUCGUCUGCUGAUAUCGAGGAUGAGAACUUUAGUCAUCGUGCUGGUGCUGUGCGGCAUCGCCAACAGUGCACCCAUGGAGAGAAAGUCGUACAGAAACUGGAAAUUGGUGCAGGUUGUCCCAGUUACCACAGAGCAAGUCGACUUUCUGAGAAAACUUGAAAACGAUUGGCUGCUGGAUUACUGGGAACAUGUCCACAUCAACAAGGCCGCCGCUGUCAUGCUAUCUCCGGAAAUGUACCCAGCUUUCGUGUCAGAGGUCACCGCGCACGGAAUGACGUCACACGUGGCCAUCGAAGAUCUUCAAAAGUUGGCGGAAGAUGCUAUGAUACCUGCGCAGAACAUCAAAGUGAGCCCCCAACUUGAUAUGGAUCACUCGAAAUACCACAAACUCAAUGAUGUAAUGAACAUGAUUGAUUACUUCGCAGAAAACAAGGCGUCUGUCGCCAAGAGAACCAUAGGUCACUCAUUAGAAAACAGACCGAUAGAAAAGUUGGAGAUAAACAGUGCCAGUGGUGUGCCCAACAAGAAGAUCAUUUAUCUGGAGGUUCUUGCGCAUGCGCGGGAAUGGAUUACAACAGCGUCAACGAUGUAUUUCAUUGACAAUCUUCUCAACCCGGAUGCAGCCAAGGCGUCCGAGGCUCAGUUUCUACUGGAUAACUUUGAGUGGCACAUCGUACCCGUCACAAACCCGGAUGGCUACCUCUACUCAUGGGGUUCUGAUCGUUAUUGGCGCAAAAACAGACGAAACACAGGAAAUGCCAAUUGCCCAGGUGUUGACUUGAAUCGAAACUUCGAUGCCAAUUGGGGAGGACCCGGAACUUCCACAUCUCCUUGUUCGUCCACAUAUUUAGGAACUGCGGCUGAAUCGGAACCGGAAACAAAGGCAAUCACCAAUGACGUCAGAGGCAUGUCGACGAAACCCGUAGCCUACAUAGCCGUGCAUUCGUAUUCGCAAUACCUUCUCAUCCCUUUCGGCUGGAAGAGUGAGCCAGACCUACCCAAUAUCCAGGACAUCAGGAACACCGCAAACCUUGGUUCCCAAGCUAUUAGUUCAACGAGUGGACGAUCUUUCGAAGUGGGAAAGCCUUGGGAAGUUCUGUACGAAGCGGCGGGCACAUCACAAGACUGGGCCUGCAAGGAGAGCCUGGUCAAUAUCCCGUUCUGCAUCACGUACGAACUACUUCCGUCUGGUAACCAAGGCAACUCGGGUUUCGCCCCUUCUGCCAGCAUGAUAGUGCCAUCUGGCGAUGAUCUGUGGCACUCUCUGUAUGCCAUGGCAGUGGAACUGAAUGACAACAAGUGGCAGCCACCGUCAAAUUGACAUCUAUGUUGCGCUACGGAAUAAAAUAGUGUAUUUAUUCCUACACGCCAUACUAGUUACUAGAAACAUGAACUUUGUGCAUUGGUGUUCACUGAUGACUGAAAGGAAUAAACAAAUUACUUUUGAA